UGGUGGUGAAUAAACCAUGUCUCCGAUCGUUCAGCGGCCGGUGAGCGCGGCGGCGGCGCUCCUCCUGCUGAGCGGAGCGCUCGCGCUGCUGGGCGCCCGGACCCCGAACGCCGUUGCCCUGGAGCCGCCUCGCGCCUGCCCGGCCCGCUGCUCGUGCCCGGGUCAGCUGCUGGACUGCAGCCGCAGGAAGCUGAGCCGGGCGCCGGCCCCGCUGCCCAGCUGGAUCGUCCGCCUGGAUUUGAGCCACAAUCGAAUUACUUCUAUCGAUAGCAGCUUAUUUAACAAUCUUCAUAACCUACAGGAAGUAAAAAUAACCCACAACGAAUUAACUGCGGUACCUAGCUUUGGAAUUGUGGCUUCGAACAUUACCCUUCUUUCACUGUCUAAUAAUAAAAUUGUCGAGGUACAAUCUGAACAACUGACACCAUUUCAGUCAAUGGAAACACUGGAUCUCAGUAACAAUCACAUUUUUGAACUGAAUACAUUCCCUCCUCUACAGCUUCGAUAUCUGUACAUCAACAAUAACAAAAUAACUUCUCUGGAUCCUGGUUGCUUUGACAAUCUUUCCAACACACUUCAAGUCCUAAAAUUAAACCGGAACAAAAUUUCAACUAUUCCUUCCAAGAUGUUUAAGCUGCCACAUCUUCAGCACUUAGAACUCAGCCGCAACAAGAUUAAAAAAGUGGACGGCCUUGCGUUUCAAGGACUUAGUGCUUUGAAAUCUCUUAGAUUACAAAGAAAUGGCAUUACUAAACUCAUGGAUGGAGCUUUCUGGGGACUGAGUAACAUUGAGACCUUACAACUAGAUUUUAACAAUUUAACAGAAGUAACGAAAGGAUGGUUGUAUGGCUUGCUCAUGUUGCAGCAACUUAACCUCAGCCAGAAUGCCAUCAACAGGAUCAACCCAGAUGCCUGGGAGUUCUGCCAGAAACUCAGUGAGCUAGAUGUUUCAUUCAAUGAGUUAACACGUCUAGAAGAUUCCAGCUUCGUUGGUUUGAGCCUCCUUGCACAGCUGUAUAUUGGAAACAAUCAAGUGAGCUACAUUGCUGAUGGUGCCUUUGGAGGACUUUCCAGCUUACACAGCCUAGAUCUGAAAAACAAUGAAAUAUCGUGGACUAUUGAGGACAUGAAUGGGGCUUUCUCUGAAUUGAGCCAACUUAAGAAAUUGGGACUACAGGGAAACCGAAUUAGAUCAAUCACAAGAAAAGCAUUUUCUGGCCUGGAUGCACUUGAAUACCUUGAUCUGAGCAAUAAUGCAAUUAUGUCUGUCCAAAGCAAUACCUUUUCUCAAAUGAAGAAACUUCAUGAAUUGUAUUUGAACACUACAAGCCUCCUUUGUGAUUGCCAACUAAAAUGGCUGCACCAGUGGGUGACAGAUAAUGGAUUUCAACCAUUCAUUAAUGCAAGUUGUGCUCAUCCCCAGUGGCUGAAAGGCAAAAGUAUAUUUGCUACCAAACCAGAAGACUUUGUAUGUGAUGACUUCCCCAAACCUGAGAUUAUUGAACAGCCUGAAACCCAAGCAGCUGUAAAGGAUUCCAAUGUCAGUUUUAUCUGCUCAGCAGCGAGCAGCAGUGACUCGCCGAUGACAUUUGCCUGGAAGAAGGAUAAUGAAGUGCUUCAUAAUGGCGAGAUUGAGAACUAUGCACAUCUUCGGUCUCAAGGUGGCGAAGUAAUGGAAUAUACUACCAUCUUGCGCCUUCGACAUGUGAAUUUCAGUAGUGAAGGAAAAUACCAGUGUGUCAUUUCCAACCACUUUGGUUCUUCCUACUCCAACAAAGCUAAGCUAACUGUGAACAUGUUGCCAUCCUUUACAAAAUCACCAACAGAUCUUACUAUUCGGGCAGGAGCUAUGGCCCGUUUAGAAUGUGCUGCUGUUGGUCAUCCAACGCCACAGAUAGCCUGGCAAAAAGAUGGUGGCACUGAUUUCCCUGCUGCACGAGAAAGAAGGAUGCAUGUUAUGCCAGAGGAUGAUGUAUUUUUUAUUGUAGAUGUGAAAAUAGAGGACAUUGGAAUCUAUAGUUGCACAGCUCAAAAUAGUGCUGGAGCCAUUUCAGCAAAUGCAACACUAACUGUACUAGAAACACCUUCAUUUGUACGUCCUCUGGUUGAUAAAACAGUAGCAAAAGGUGAAACUGCGGUUCUGCAAUGCAUAGCAGCUGGAAGCCCUCCUCCAAGAUUAAACUGGACCAAAGAUGAUAGCCCUUUAACAGUGACUGAAAGACACUUUUUUGCUGCUGGAAACCAGCUGCUGAUUAUUGUAGACUCCAACCUGGAAGAUGCUGGGAAGUACACCUGUGAAAUGUCAAAUACCCUUGGAACUGAGCGGGGCCACAUACGUCUAAAUGUCAUUCCUAUACCAAACUGCGACUCUACCCAGAGUGCUGCACCAUUCGAAGAGGAUGGAUGGUCUACGAUUGGAAUUGUAAUCAUAGCUGUGGUCUGCUGUGUGGUUGGCACUUCUUUAGUCUGGGUGGUUAUCAUUUACCAUACAAGAAGGAAGAGUGAGGACUGCAGUGUAACAAAUACAGAUGAGACAAACUUACCUGCAGAUAUCCCAAGCUACUUAUCAUCCCAGGGAACACUAUCAGAUCACCAGGAAGGGUAUGGACGAUCAGAAGCUGGAAGUCACCAUCAGCUUAUGACUGCUUCUAUGAAUGGAUAUUUACUUCAGCACAGAGGAAGUGAUGAUCUUUGUCACAUUGACAAUGGAAGUGACACAGACAUAGAAGGUUUGACCGACCCACUAGUUUUUCAUGACCCGGACCGAGGAGGCUCAGUGUACAUGGGAGGAAUUGUGUAUGAUUCUGAAACGCUGGAAGGAAUCCAUCAGCAAGGUGGAAGCUCCGAUCAGGUGGUAGCUUGUGCAGGUGCCUACAAUGAUUCCAGCAUACAUUCAAAGAAAAAAGAAUAUUGUCAGUACACCCAGGUAUCCCCAGAAGACCCCUUCGACCAAGCCAUUGCAAAGAUAAUGGUACAGCUCCCAAAUUCAAACUUGUUCAAUUCUAUGCAAACUCUGCACAAAGGAUCUGCUGUCAGCAUUCCAGUUUCCAUAAAUCCAGGAAAAUUUCCAGCAACCAUGUAUGGUGGGACAUUUGGAAAGCCCUUGUGGAGAACAUUCCAAGAUCCCUAUUCUGACUGUACCCAAGCAGCUGCAUCUCAGUCAUUAACUCUUCAUCAUAAUCCUCACGAUUCAUUGGACACUGACUCUGAGGCUGAAGAAGAGUCAGCAAAUCCCUCAGUUUCUGUCACUGGGCAACACAAUAGUACUUAUGAGCACAGCGUUGAUAAAUGCAGGACUCCAACAUUUCGACCUUACAGAGUUAAUACGUAGACAUCACCAUCACACUGAAAUUUAUUGUACCAAAGAAAGACUUGGAACAAACUACCUCAUAAAGCCGUGUUGCUUCAGUUCUCCAGAAACUGAUUCUUUCAUUUAGGAAAUACUUGUAUCUUGAACUGGUUGUAGGUUGGCAUAAACUGAUGGACCAAGAGGAAGCAUUGCCAAUGUAUGCUUUUAUUUUGAGAACACUAUCCUUCUGAAGUAUGAUGAAUUUGCUAUAUUUUUUAUUAUUUUAUACUUUUUUUUACUGAAUAUUAUAAAUUUUUCACCUGUAAAUUAUGUAAAUAAUUAACCAGUAUUUUACCUAUGUUUGUAUAAUAGGGGAUACUUUUUUUUUACUGAAACUUCUUGUUGGUAUGCUAGAAUUUAUCAUUGGCGGUACAGCAUGUUAGCUAUGUGGUGCUAAGUCUGACUAUAGGUCAGAAUUUUAGUGCCUUGUUUGCACAUUUAUGUUGACAAUAAAAUGACAUUUGGCUUUAAA